AUGGAGAAAUGGUCUACAAAUAUUUCUGCUUUAUCCAUGAAGGGUCUAACCUCUACUAUAUGGGUUAGAAUGCCUAACUUGUCUUUACAAUGUUGGGAUGAAGUUAAUAUAACAAGAAUUGCUUCUAGAAUUGGUAAACCUUUAAUGAUGGAUGGAAAUUUAUUCCAAUGGGGAAGGAGGGAAUUUGCUAGAGUUUGUGUUCGGGUGAAGCUUGAUCAACCUCUUCCAUUGGGAGUUUGGGUGGAUAGCAUUUCUGGAAGGUUCUUUCAAAAACUUGAAUAUGAGAAAGUGGCCAACCUUUGUUUCGAAUGUGGUUUGAUUGGGCACUUGAAGGAUGAGUGUGGAAAAAUCAGAAACAUUUCCAAGGAGAUGAAGAUUGUUGAUAGUAAAAAUAAUGAAGUUGCUGGAGGAAGUAAUUCGCAAGAUAAAGUUGAUGAACCGUCCUAUGAUCCUUGGAUUCUUGCCAAUCACAAGAGAGGUAGAAGGCCUGUUCAAAGAAGCAAUGUGGUGAAAUCCAGCAAAUCUAUAUUUGUUAAGAAGAAUGGCAAUCUAACUGCAAUUCAAAAGGAACGUUCGUUUCCAUCUGAUACCAGGAAAAACUCUUCCCGCACAAAGAUAGCUGAUUUGGGAGAUGAAGAACAGCUAGAAGAAGGAGAAUUGGCUUUGGAAGUGGAUCGGGAAAAUGAUACAGAGAUUGGAGCUGAUGUUGUGGUUAGAGAAGGUUCUUCUGUCAGCUGCGAGGAAGUUUCUGAAGUUGAUAUGGGUACGAUCUCUUAUUAUGUUAUUCCUAAUAUAUCAAAUUCUGUUAAUAAAUUUGAUAUUCUGAAUCCUGUCAAUGAAAAUAUGCUAAAUGAAGAGGUGUUAAAUGUGGAUAAAUGUAUGGAAAUAAAUGAGGGAAUAUGUGAUGGUAAAUUAGUGAGUUUGAACAAAUGUGAAGAUGUUGACAGUAAUAUUUCUGGUAGUAUUAUGGGAAAAGACAGAAGUACUAAUGGUGAGUUUAACAAGAUGAAAUUAGCUAAAGAGCUGAAAUCUCUUGGUCCUAUUAAGAACAUUUCGAGAGGGAGGAAUUUUGAUGGUGGUGGAAGCAAAAGGAGGGAAGGGGCGGCAUCCCCUUGGUUGCAUCAAUGA